AUGGAAAGAUCUGGAAGCUACCUGAAGGAUAAAAAAUCAUCUUCACAUGAAGCUUGUGUGGACCUUAUUUUCAAGUCAAUGAGCAAUUUCAAAGCCCUGUCCAUGAUACACCUGGGUGAGCAAAGAAUUGAGUUCCAAGACAUUGCCCACAAGGAUAUCGCAACCCAUGUUGUUACUGGAAUUCAUUAUGGUGCAGAAGCUUUUUUCACGUUUCGCCAUAAGUGCAAUUCCAGCGAGGAUGUUAAGAACUGGGAGACCAAAAUGAAGGCAGGACUAAAUAAAAUUUUCUCCAAAGUACUAGAUGCUUCCACUGGUGCAUCAGUAAAUUUGGAUGGCUCAGAGGAAAAUAACGAAACUCACAUUAAUAUCAAAUAUCACGGUGAUAUCUUGCUGCCGAAAUCUCCUACUUCUCUUGAAGAAGUAUUCGAAAUAAAUUUGGAUGGCUCAGAGGAAAAUAACGAAACUCACAUUAAUAUCAAAUAUCAUGGUGAUAUCUUGCUGCCGAAAUCUCCUACUUCUCUUGAAGAAGUAUUCGAAAGUUAUCAGCUCUUGACAAACCUUGCUCGUACGCAUUUUGUACCAAAGAGGAUCUCCCUCUUUCCUCUUCAGAAGCUCUUCGGUCUUCCAGUCGAACUGGUUCGAGAAAUAGGCAAAGAAGUUGAGAAAAAUGUGGAGGACGUCAUGGAAGGUUUGCAUGCAAGGAAGAUUAGGGCAAUUGACCUGGCUGAGUCGGAGCUGAGCGAUCAGUUUCCCGGGAUCAAAACUCAGCUGGCAACCUUUCAGUCGCUUUUGGACAUGUUCAAGUUCAAUCUUAAAAAAAACCUUGUUCCACUUCUAAAAUCCGUUCGAGCAAUGAACAAGGAGGAGGAUGAUCUAUCCCGUUUACUUGAGGAGAAGGAAAAUUCUCCCUUUAAUCUAGAGAAACUCUCCAAUUGGCUAGAUGGAAAAGAGGCAGAAAUGAACAUCCUUGGGAUUCAACUGAAAUAUAUUCAGAACAGUGGAAUAAAAAUGGCAUUUUCUCGCCAUGAAUUCGAUUCAAUUGUGCGUGACCCUAGUGUGCAGAAUGUUCUCUGCUUCAAAUUUAAGAUCAUGUCAAAAACAGACUCAUACUUGAGCCGGAUGCAAGAAUACCUCAGGAGAGAGGGCUCUGAGAACUUCUCUCAGAAUGUGGUACUGAUCCCUUGGCAUGAGAAAAAAGAUGCCAUGCAAAAGUUGCGAGAAAAUCUUCAAUAUUUUCGGACCACCUUCGAAAAAUACGUACAGGACGGCAAGAUCCAGUUCGUGGUGACUCAAGAGGUCCCUAUUGUUGAAACAGACCCCCUCCACGAGAUCAUCUGGUAUAAUAACGGAAGAAAAAGACCUUUCCUCCCUCCUGGGCCGCCAGGAGCCCCAGAAGCCCUCCAAGUGGCAGAGGACUACAUCAAAUUGACAUGGAACCCACCAGCCCUUGGAGCUGAGUCUGUCCAGGACUACUUGGUCUUGUACAAGGCUGAAAACGGCGAAAAAUGGGAUUCUCAAACGGUGUGUGAUGAUCCCCCAGAGAUCACCGUGGAUGGUUUAUCUCCCAACACCACCUAUUAUUUCAAGUUGGCAGCCAAGGCUCCGAUGGAACGAGCAACACUUCGCCCCAUCGUCUACUACGAGUUCCUCCAAGGACACUCUGCGAAAGCUGCCGCGGACAACAUCUGCGCUGCAUUCGAGGGCAACGUCGUCCACUAUUCCACGNCAUCAGUAAAUUUGGAUGGCUCAGAGGAAAAUAACGAAACUCACAUUAAUAUCAAAUAUCACGGUGAUAUCUUGCUGCCGAAAUCUCCUACUUCUCUUGAAGAAGUAUUCGAAAGUUAUCAGCUCUUAACAAACCUUGCUCGUACGCAUUUUGUACCAAAGAGGAUCUCCCUCUUUCCUCUUCAGAAGCUCUUCGGUCUUCCAGUCGAACUGGUUCGAGAAAUAGGCAAAGAAGUUGAGAAAAAUGUGGAGGACCUCAUGGAAGGUUUGCAUGCAAGGAAGAUUAGGGCAAUUGACCUGGCUGAGUCGGAGCUGAGCGAUCAGUUUCCCGGGAUCAAGACUCAGCUGGCAACCUUUCAGUCGCUUUUGGACAUGUUCAAGUUCAAUCUUAAAAAAAACCUUGUUCCACUUCUAAAAUCCGUACGCGCAAUGAACAAGGAGAAAGAUGAUCUAUCCCGUUUACUUGAGGAGAAAGAAAAUUCUCCCUUUAAUCUAGAGAAACUCUCCAAUUGGCUAGAUGGAAAAGAGGCAGAAAUGAACAUCCUUGGGAUUCAACUGAAAUAUAUUCAGAACAGUGGAAUAAAAAUGGCAUUUUCUCGCCAUGAAUUCGAUUCAAUUGUGCGUGACCCUAGUGUGCAGAAUGUUCUCUGCUUCAAAUUUAAGAUCAUGUCAAAAACAGACUCAUACUUGAGCCGGAUGGAAGAAUACCUCAGGAGAGAGGGCUCUGAGAACUACUCUCAGAAUGUGGUACUGAUCCCUUGGCAUGAGAAAAAAGAUGCCAUGCAAAAGUUGCGAGAAAAUCUUCAAUAUUUUCGGACCACCUUCGAAAAAUAUGGACAGGACGGCAAGAUCCAGUUCGUGGUGACUCAAGAGGUCCCUAUUGUUGAAACAGACCCCCUCCACGAGAUCAUCUGGUAUAAUAACAUAAGAGAAAGACCAUUCCUCCCUCCUGGGCCGCCAGGAGCCCCAGAAGCCCUCCAAGUGGCAGAGGACUACAUCAAAUUGACAUGGAACCCACCAGCCCUUGGAGCUGAGUCUGUCCAGGGCUACUUGGUCUUGUACAAGGCUGAAAACGGCGAAAAAUGGGAUUCUCAAACGGUGUGCGAUGAUUCCCCAGAGAUCACCGUGGAUGGUUUAUCUCCCAACACCACCUAUUAUUUCAAGUUGGCAGCCAUGGCUCCGAUCGAACAAGCAACACUUCGCCCCAUCGUCUACGACGACUUCCUCCAAGAACACUCUACGAGAGCCGGCGCGGACAACAUCUGCGCUGCAUUCGAGGGCAACGUCGUCCACUAUUCCACGGUGUCUUGA